AUGUUUCAAAUCCCCCAAAAGCAGAUAGAGAGUCUCUUCCAUCUCAGGCAGACUGAAGCAGCAGCUUAUCUGGGGAUCUCUCUGACGGCAAUGAAAGCAGCUUGUCGACGAGUUGGGAUCUCCAAGUGGCCAUAUUCUCGCAUUAGACCUAAGGCGGUUUUCAGAAUGGUUUCUCCCACUGCUGCUGUGCAGGAGUCGUCAGACGAAAAUGAAGAAAGCACGACCGAGUACAGCCCUUCACCUUCAAAGUCAGCAACCGAUGCAGACUUUGCAAAACAAGGACUGGUCGACUGCAGUGGGGUUGAACAUUGGCCUCUAAAGUCAGCAGAAGCAGAACACACGACAAAUCCCUUGCACAUUCACGCUGAUACAAAGGAGGCUGGAGAAGUCUUAGAAAUCAAGUCCGAAACUCAGACCAUAGAAGAGCAAGGGAAGGAUGUUUCUCAAGGGGCUCUGUUUGAUUUUCCAUUUGAGCCCCUCGACGCCAGCUGGAUUUCUGCGUUCAUGAACGACAGCUUGGGCGACGACUGA